CCCGUGCACGAGCAGCCCUGUUUGUUUGUGUUGAGAGAUUGGAAAUGGCGGAGACCAGGGAGCAGAGCGAUAACUCGGCUUAGCAAACGCGUCUGCAUCGCCACCGUCACGCAGAAACCCACGAGCGUGAUCCACGGACUUCCUCGCUAUUCACUGAUGCCGACCGGACUCGGGUGGCCCACACUGGAGGCGUGAAAAACGGACAUUUAGAGCGACGUGGAUUGGGAAGAUUUAGGAAGCUGGUUAGCUGCCUCGGCUAACCGAGCUAGCAGCCUGGCUAACUUCACGUCGUGUGUGAUUUCCUCCACGCAGGCUUGUUUGUCAACAAAAGCUGACGUUAAACUGACAGCGAGCCAGCUAACAUACAACUUCUGGAAAGUUUCCAGGAUGACCCACGCGUGUUUAUAUCAUGGUCGCGACGCUUGACCGCAGUAUUAUCAACAUAAAGUAGGAGUGGAUAGAAAAAGUGAGACAGCUGAGUCUCCUUGUUGCGACCAAGCAGUAAGUUAAGCUGGUUUGCCGAGUGGUUUUGGUCUCAGCUGCCUUUGGACUGGGAACUAAUCAGCUGAAAGGAAGUCCUGACUGGAAGGAUCUGCAGAUUCAAGCUGAACGGGAGACCGAACAGUCAGAGGCCAGCUGGCUUCUCCCUGCACCUGGGAUGGUGCCGUGUGACAGUACGGCUAUGGAGCCGUGACCUCACCUCCGAUGCCCCAUCAUCCCGACUUUAAGCUGCUCUCCUACCAGUGACCUCACCGGCAGAGUCCCCUCCAUCCCUUUUAACUGUGGACAGAGCCCAGAAAAAGGCCCCCAAAGCCACCACAUGACUCAUUCACUGGAGCCCUAGACCAAGUCAGUCUAAGCUGAAAAUGAGUGCAGUAGGGGAAGGCCCCCUGGACCCUGCCACACCGGAGUCACGCAAGAGGAAGGGCUCACCAUGUGAUACAUCGGGGCAAAGUGUGGAGAAGCGGAGGCGAGAGCUGGAGUGUCGCUACAUCGAGGAGCUGGCUGAGCUGCUGUCAUCCAACAUGGGCGACAUCGCCAGUCUAAGCGCCAAGCCCGACAAGUGCCAUAUCCUCAAGAGCACCGUGGACCAAAUCCAGCAGAUCAAACGGCGUGAGCGGGAGAAAGCAGCUCUUCUGCCUCCAGAUGACGACGUGCAGAAGAGCGACAUCUCCUCCAGUAGUCAGGGGCUGGUGGAAAAAGAGAUGCUGGGGCCCAUGCUGCUAGAGGCCCUCGAUGGAUUCUUCUUUGUGGUCAACCGCGAGGGCCGCAUCGUCUUCGUUUCUGAGAACGUGAUGGGUUACCUUGGAUACACCCAGGAAGAGCUAAUAAACUCAAGUGUCUACACCAUCCUCCACGUCGGAGACCACAACGAAUUUGUCCGUAAUCUGCUGCCUAAAAGCCUCGUAAACGGCAUCCUGUGGCCGCAGGAAUCUGGUCGCAGGAACACACAAACCUUUAACUGUCGCAUGUUGAAGAGACCGCCGGACGAGGCGGACUCCGAGAACCUGGAGGCCUGGCAGCAGUACGAGAUCAUGCAGUGUUUGACCAUUUCACAUCCGCGGCCCGUGCAGGAGGAAGGAGAAGACCUGCAAGGCUGCCUGAUCUGCAUCGCCUGUCGGAUACCACGAACAGAGUCUUUUAUUACGAAGCAGGACCCGGCAGGGAAGAUCAUCUCCAUAGAAACGAGUGCUUUGCGAACGACAGGCCGGCCUGGCUGGGAGGACGUGGUCAGGAGGUGCAUCUACGCGUUUUUUCAGCCGCAGGGCAAAGAGCCCUCCCAUGCCAAGAAGCUGCUGCAUGAGGUGAUGGCGCACGGCACCGCUGUCAGCCCCCUGUACCAUUUCACGCUAAGUGACGGCACGCCUCUCAGCGCUCAGACACGCUGCAAGUUCUGCUGCCCACCAAAACCCGACGUACAGCCCUUCAUCAUGGGCAUUCACACUAUUGACAGGGAACACAUCACUGCUAGCUCUCAGGAAAACACUAACCCCACCCUUCCACCAACCCCCAGCAGUAUUGCUCACACCCCCUCCCGGUCUCCUUCACUUCCCCCUGGCAGUAACUCAAACCAAGGCUCUGUCCUUCAUACUAACAACAACUCCUCCUCCCUCGGACAAAACCCCUCCACACCAACAGGCUACCUGACGCCCAAUCGGACGAACUGCCCAAAGGAGGUCAACGGUCCCUCUGCCCUCAGCAGCCCACACACAGCCACCUCUACCUCUUUUAUGUCAUCCAGGAUGCUGCGUGCCAGUCCUGGGUUAGGGGGAAGCCCUCGGGUAGCAGGGAACCCCUUCUCUCCCUCCACACCGGGCCUUCAGUCCCCUUCAGGGUCACUGAGCAGCGGUGGCAGCCUCAACAGGCAGCAUUCUGGCGGCGAUAGUAACAGUGGUGUGAACGGUGGAUCGGCAGGAUCGUUCCCCACGUCCUCUCCUGGACUUCAGAGACAAGCCAGUAUGCCUCCCGGCUCCUCCACUCGGCCACCGUCAGCAAAGCCCCAGAAGGGAGGGGGAGAGGACUCUGCUAACACCCCCCUUCCAUCUGCCUCACAGCUGGGGAGCCCCAGACUCAACCAGCUCCUGGACAGCAGUGUUACAGGAGUUGAAUCCAGCAACUCAUCACCUCAUCCUCCUCACCCCUCCCUGGGUCUUCAGUGCCCCGCUUCCCACAGCAGUCUGACGGAGCGGCACAAGAUCCUGCACAGACUGCUCCAGGACAGCAGUCCAAAUGACACCUCCGCCUCCAACACCACCACCACCGAGGAUGGAGGGAAUAAAAAUGAAGUUGAGAUUAAGAAGGAGCCGCCUUCCAGUCCAGCGCCGAGUACAGCGCCCCACAAGUCCAACUCCAGAGAGCCACAGGACCACCAGUUACUGCGAUUUCUUCUGGAUACUGAUGAAAAGGACUUGGAUGACCUUCCACCUCCAUCAGCCCUGAGCCUUCAGACGGUUCGAGUAAAGGUGGAGAAGAGAGUCAGCGGCGAUGGACUGGCCUGUUCAGGCUCAUCCAUCACAGCUGGUGGGACAUCUAAACCAACAGGAGUCCCUGGCAGCUCGGCUUGCAUCAGCCCCAAAUCAGUUCCUCUGGGGGAGAACCGCAGAGACAGCAGAGAUUCCACGAUAUCUAUUGGACCUGCUGAUAAGGACCCUCUUAAUCAGCUUCUGCCUGGCUUCAGAGGUCCGCUGGGGGCCAAACAGGGCAGUGAGGAUUCAGUAAAUCCUGGAGGAGGCCCCCAACUACAUUCUCCAUCCACGCAGCUCCCAGCUUCACUCCAGUCCCCCCUGUCCCAGCCUCAGUCUGUUCCUCAGAUGCAGUCCCUGUCACCUCAGCUCCAUUCCCCUUCUCACCAGCUUAAACUUCAGUCACCCACUCAUCUCCAGCCCGGUGAGGCCUGCACUCCCUGCAAUGUAAAUGUGAAGAGAGAGCCUCCAGGGACUCCAAACAGAGGACUUGGCGACGGUGGCCCGACCUCAGGCUGCAGCCUCCAGACGCAGCCAUCGUUUGAUUUCUGCAACCCUGCCACUCCAAGCCAACAACAGGGCCAGGGAGACCUCUUCCAGACCCCCAAAGACAGCAGCACUUUUCCAGAGACGGAAGUCAUCAACCCUUUUGCUCCAAGCACUGGGCUAACCAAGAUGGAUGUGGGAGAUUCCCAGUUCCAACCCUUGGCUAUGUCUGACACGUUGUCUUUUGAUGGACUUGGAACUCCUUUACAGGCAUCCUUAGCGUCACCACAGGAACAGUGUGUGCCCUGUACGCUGGAUGAAGAGCUGGGCCCCCCGACCACGCCUGAAGCCCGAAACGAUGAGAAGGCUCUGAUCGAGCAGCUCGUCUCCUUCUUGAGCGGAACCGACGAGAGCGAGCUGGCCGAACUUGACAAGGCCCUGGGUAUCGACAAACUGGUACAGGGCGGCUGCUUUGACCCUUUUCCUCAAAACCUCCCAUCCCAGCAACCCACUGCCACGCCAGUUUCCAUGGACCCUAAACCCCCCACCUAUACUUUCCAGUUCCCACCAGCCUCACAAGCUCAAUUUUCUCCAGAGCUGGCUCCAGUGGGGCAGCAGGGUGUGACUUUCAGAACGCCCCGCGGGGCUUUCCCAGGCGGGUCAGCAGGCGUGGGGCUGAGGCCAGGACUGACCAGACCCCAGGGGAUGGGCCCCCAGCUCAGGCUGCCACCCAACCAACUGCGGCUGCAGCUGCAGCAGAGACUGCAGGGCCCGCUGCAGAUCCAAAACCGGCUGGCAGCCAUGAAUCCAUUCCCAGGAGGACCCCAGCAAGUGAACAUGGGGGUCCGACAGGGGGUCCAACAACCCCAAAUGCCCUCACAGCAGCCUCCGCUGAACGCUCAGAUGCUGGCGCAGCGUCAGAGGGAACUCUACAGCAUCCACCAUCGUCAGCAGCAGCAGCUCCUCCAGCACAAGGUCAGGCUCAUGAGACAGAACAUGGCAGGAGCUCCGACCGGUGGCGUGGGGACCGCCAGGCUACCCAAAGGCCCCCCAACGACGUCUCAGCAGCAGUUCAGCUUCCCGCCGGGGUACAACCCGAUGGCAGGGAACACCCCUACCUCACCGAGUCAGUUCAGCCCCGUGUCGGGGGCUCCAUUGGACACCAAGCUGUCUGUCAGAGUCCCCCUUAACAACCAGACACUGUUGGGUGGCUUACAGGGCCAGUUUGACGGCACCGUGAACCCCUCGAAGCAGCAGGGACUCUUUCAGCAAUUUGGAGGUUCUGCUGUGGUUCAACAAGACUCACCAUUUCCUCCAGAGAUGAGCCCCACAAGCCCAUUGUUAUCACCUCAGAACUCCACCUCCCAGAGUCCCCUGCUUCAGCAGACACCACCUCCUGGCUAUCAGUCACCAGACAUGAAGAGCUGGCAGCAGACGGGCCUGGGCGGCCUGUUCAGUCAGUCAGGACAGAGUGCAGGGCAGGCGUUUGGCCAGCAGGGGGUGUAUAACAACAUGAGCAUCACCGUCUCCAUGGCUGGAGGCACGGGCGGCGUCAGCUCUUUACCUUCAAUGGGACAAGUGGUUGGAAUGAGCAACAGUAACCUCAGCAGCGUCGGUUCAGUGUGCAGCGACCAGCAGGUGCAGCAGGUUCAGGUGUUCGCUGACGUCCAGUGCACCGUGAACCUUGUCGGCAGCGACUCCUACCUGAACCAGGGCUCAAUCGGGGCGGCGGCCCCCCAGAAGGGCCCUGGGCCGCAGGGCUCGCAGAACAGCCAGGCCCAGCAGAAGAGCCUCCUCCAGCAGCUCCUCACUGAGUGACACCCCCCAUCCCGACAGCUCUCCUGCUCCCGUUCACUUUUCUAUUGCCUCCUCCUCCUCGGAGGUCGGCGCACUGGACCCAUUGCUGUCUCUGUCGCACCAUUCAGACGGACGGACGGAUACUCCGACGGCCACAGUAGGUGGAGAAGUACGGCUGUCGGUGGAGGAGUGCAGCCUGACCACUUCUUCGGUGUUUGGGGGGGGUUACUCAAAGUACCUUAAGAACGUCAAAAGGAGCAGCGGUGUUAUUUAAACCUGCCUGUCUAAUCUGUCUGACAACCUGUCUGUCUGCCUCAGCCUAUUUAAGGCAGUGUUGUCUUGCUGCUCAUUUCUCGGUGACCUACUUCCUGCUUCCUGACACAAGAAAAAACAACUGGGACGUCAUUGUGGAUUUGCCAAGUUUUCGUCACUGUUGAAUCAGGGCCGACCUCCUCUCUCUUUUUGUCAUUUUUUUACUGCCUUGUUCCUGCUUCGAUGGCGGGUUUGCAGCGUGGGAGCGUCCCGAACAUCAGCAGCAUCUACGGCAGCACAUCUGGCUUUUUAUUUUCCUUUAUUUGUUUUGUUUGUGUUUGUUUCUGUUCGUCGUUUUCUACCUGUCUCUCUUUCUUCCUGUCUCUCUCUCUCUCUCUCUCUCAGCGAUGUGGGAAUGUUAAGGUUUCAGACCUCAGCGGCAUUGUGGGAUAGAAGCUCAGUAUCAGCUGGUUCUGGGACUGGUCCUCUCUAUCUGCUGCAGUGCCUGGUGGAAGUGCGAGUUUGUCCCAAGCUCUGCUUCUUUUUCUUCUGCAUAUUUUUCUAUUCUGCUUUUAUUUUUAUGUUUUGGGUUAGAUUGUUUAAAAAAAUAAUCUUCUGCUCUCUCCGUCAUCAUCAUCUUUAUGACCUCUAGAACAAGAUUUGACACCAACCCGGACGGAUGGAUGGAUGGAUGGAUGGAUGGAUGGAUGGGAGUCAGAGGGGAUGCUGCUCAGUUUUGAACUUAGAUGUCUUUCUUUAUUUUUAUUCUGUCAGAGUAUAAAAACAGACUGUUAUGAUUAUUUAACUGUCUUGUCCGUCACAUGUUAGCCUCACCUCAGCAGAUGUGAAUACGGAAGCCCGACAGGGUUCUUCCUCUGCUCCUCUCUUUCUUUGUGUCUUCACGGUUUUAUCUCAGCCUAUCAGUGUUGUUUGCCACGUGCACCAUGCAGGCGGGUAGUAUUUGUACAUUACAGAAGGACAACGACUUUGGGGGUGAGCUACCCUGAUCUCUUGUAACUGCUUUCCUUUAAAAACAAAAGUGUAAUUAAUUGAAUACUCAGAAAAGGCAAAACUAUGUAUAAUGUGAUUCGAUCCAUUUAUUUUUGCUUGUUUUUAUUAGUUUUAAACCAGUUCUAAUAAUGUCUGCUCAUUUAUGAGAUUAUUCUUUGGCAUAUUGUGACACAGCUACAUGUUGCAGUGGAGGAGGACGUUAUUCCAGCUUCUAAAAAUGUGAAAUUGUAAGCAAUUUGACUUUGAGAAAAUUAGUUAGAAGCGGCUCUUUUUUUUCCAAAUAUAAAUAGUUUCAUCAUUGUUUUGUUUUCCAGGGAGCUAGUUAGCCGUCAUCUGUUUUUCUUUUUGCUUUCUCCUAUUUUUUGUACAAAAAAACAGCACAUUUGUCUGUAACUGUUGUAUAAAAAUUAUAAAAGCUCAAGUCGCAAUGUUUGCUGCUCGUAUCUGCAGCGAAUGAUGCGCUUUCCAUUAUUGUUCCCAUAUAUACUGAAAUUUAAAUAGAGGCUUUAGCGUUAGGAGUUCAUAACAACGACAGGAUUGGUGAUUAAUUUGAAGUUUUGGAAAAAAAAAAAAAAGACAAUGAAUUUCCUCCUGUUUAAACCGUGUUUAUCCCAUCGGGAAUUCCUCCUGGCUGCUCACAUGUACAAUUUUCUGUUGACUACUGUUGAUCGGUCAUACACUGUCUCUCGAAGUCAUAACAGACAUCUAAUAUGGAUUAGGAAUAAGAAAAAUCCUCCUUUGUUAUGCACAAAUUUAUAAAAUCUCUGCUGAGACAUUGCCUCUAAAUAUGCUUCACAUGACUAAAUUGUUGCAGAAGUCUAUCCAGCAUAUAUUUCUGAAUUAGUUGAGGGGGGGGGAAAUAUGCAGUUUCUAUCAGGCUGAAUUUAACCAGCAGGCAUUCAGAGAUCCGUGGAAAAUAAGUAGAUUGCAGGAGAGAGGUGCAGAAAGUUAGUUGGAAGGACUUUUGUUUUCCUCGCCCACUGAAUAAAAAGUAAACCUUUAGUCCAACCCUAACAUUUCUGAUGUUGAUUUGGUGAAUUAGGGCUUUUAAUCCCUGAGAUACUAUGCAUGUAAAUUUGACAUUCCGCCGGCUCACUCCUCCAGCGAUGCUGUGUGAUGUGGCAACCACUUUGUGCUCAGCUGUUGCAGCUCUCCUGUUCAUACCCAAUCGUUACCCUUUCGUCAUGGCCUUCUGUUUCGUUCCAAUAAACAAACCAUUUGGUUUUCUAAAAUUAUGCUCAUGAACAUGAUGCACUUUUAAUAAAAGCUUUCAUCUGCAAAAGAAGAAAAAAAACUGUAAAGUGACCUAAAACACUUUAGUAACGUAUGGGGCACUUUAAAGUAUUACACUACGAACGUCAUCAUUGUUUAAAAAGAUUCACACAAAGUAACGUUUUCUAAAAUGUUGCAACAAUCGACUUUUGCAUAUUUGCGUAACAUCAUCUGGACAUAAGGUACCAAAGGGACCUUAUUUUUGAUAAAUAUCUACAUUGGCUCUGGUAUUUCCAAUCAGAAUCGCUGCAAUAGCAAUUCUGCACCAGUAGGUGCUGUUUAACCUUGACAUUAUCAAAAUCCCUAAUAUCCUGAGCAUGGCUAAAGCCGUGGGAGAGAAUCCAGCCCCCAUCUGAAACUCAUAGAACAGAAAUUAUACUUUAUUUUUUCUCAUUUGCAAACAUAAAUGAAAGUUGUCGCUGCUGAAACAAUGAAGAUUGCAGUUUUUAUUUGCAGAGGAGGAGAAAUCAAAUCCAAGCAAGUUGCAGCUAAAACCGUUGAACGCACCGAAACACAGAAAUCUGCUAAAGUUUCUGAGUGUGGAUUUUAUCAAUCUAUUUCCACACACAGAGCAUUGCUCCUCUUCCUCUUUCGUCUUUCCUGGCAUUCUCAAAUGGAAGCAGUUUCAGUUACAACCCUGAUUAAAAACGGAGAAACUCAGCAGCCUGCCCAGCUACAAAGACGUCGACAAAAACAGGCCAAAACAAAAAGGAAAAAUGUUUGUUUAUGCAACAGCCUUUCAGUGCAAAAAGCAGUCCCUCCUUCCUCACUACAGUUCACAGGUACCAGGUUUUAUAACAUUUGUCUGAUGAUGUUAAUGUAUAUAACAGAAAUGUGAAUGCAUAUUCAGAAUCAAUGGAAAAAAAAGUAGCUCCGAGUUUGUGGUAAAUAACUACUCGCCUCCGUCAUGUUUUUAUUUUUCUACCUUUUUGUUUUUGGUUUAAAGAUGUAUGUUUGUAUAUGAAGUGUGUGUGUAAGCGAUUAAUACUGUAUAUCUGGUGUUCUCUGAGAUGGAAACAGACGAAGAUGUCCCAUUCGGUUCCUCUUUUGACUCUUUCAGACCCUGCACAGUUUCCUGUGGGUGUUUUAUUCCGAUAAACUAUGCCAGAGAACGGUUUGUUUUUAUUUCUUAAAGCGACUGCUGAAUGUGAUUUUACUGAGAGAAAGAGAGAGAGAGAAGUGGUGUGGACUGGCUUUUUGUACGGGUUAUUUAAAAGAAAAAAAAGGCCAUAUUAUUUAAUUUUCUCUGUUGGCAGAAAGUUUAAGCAGACCUGGGAGAGUGGAGCCUUGGUUUUCAGGAGAAGCAUUGCUGGCUUGUUGAGUUUAUGACUGAUCUGUCUGGGGUUUUUAUUCUUGUUUUUAUCAUUUUCUGCACCCGUCAGUAGUAAAAAUGACCAAAGCUUCAGCGCGUUUCAUAUGCAAAUCUCAUCGUCACUGGACAAACACAUAAUGUAGCGGCUCUUCUUUGUCCCUUUGUCUCUGAUCCUUCCGCUCGCUCGUUCCUCCCAUGUUUCUGUCUUAAAACCGUCUUUUCUGAGUGGCCUAUCAGCAUUGAAACCCUGUGAUGUCCCAAAGUUUGCUCAGUUUAGACUGCCAAUGUCGUCUUUUUGAGCCUGAAGUGCUUUCACGUGUUUACAGAAAAAAAAAAAACAUUGCAAUCAUUAGCUAUGCACCUUAAACAAGCAUUUCCUCAUUUGUGGAGUAGAAGUAACACUGGAGCAACACUAAGCCAUUCAUUGAAAGAUAGAAAACAAAUGCUUGACGACCUUUCAGCUUUCAGUCUCAUUCUUUAGAUGAAUACUUUAUACCAAACUUGAGGUGCCUCCUGUAUAUAUUUGCUGUUUAACAAUAACCUUGUUAACCAGGGGUUUUUUUUAAAUAAGAAAAAACACAUUUUUACUGUAUAAAUGACUUUUUUUACACACGUAGAAGAUUAAUCAGAUUAUCCCAGGAAUUUGCAAAUACAAUCUAAUUCUGCACUUUAUAUAUCCAGAUCCGCUCGGGGUGAAAAAGGCCAUUAAAUCAGAUCAGCGGAGAUGCGUUGGCUCUUAAAAGUGUACAAAGCUCUGUCAAAAUGCCAGGUGUGUGUGAUGCAGAACGAGUCACUAAAUCAUUUCAAAGCUUGUCCCACUAAAUCCUGUUUCUAUACCUCGGAAACAAACAAAUCUGUUAGAAGAAAUGCAAAAAAAUCAAAAAUAAGUUGUUUUAUUCUGUUUGCACAGCCUGAAGCUACUAGAUUUCAAAAUCACCUUUUGAUUUAAUUCAGCAUUCAGUGUUCUCUGGACCCAUUUCACCACUUUAAUUUUCUUCUUGAUUUGGAUGUUUGCUUAAACUCACUGUGAGGCUGAGAAAAUGGCGCACCUAAAUGUUUUGGGUCAAAUUUAACUUAAUAUUUUUAUUCACCUUGACAACAGCCUCUUUUUACUUUUGACGAACCAUGACCACAGAUCAUAAUACUUCCCCCACCAUGUUUCAUGGUGGGCAGGGUGUUCUUUUUGGUGAUGUUUAGUGUUGUUUACCUUUCGGAGUUGGUUUCAUCAGACAACAGCUCAAGGUUUCAACCACACCUGGGUGUUUUCCUUGAAGAAAAAGGCAUCUGUUUUACAGCCAUACUCACAAAUUCCUGCAGAUCCUUCACUGUUGCUGUCGGCCGCUUCGCAGCCUUGAAAACUGCUCCACGUUUUCAUCAAAUAUUUGAUUUCUGUGUUUACUGUCCCCUGGCAUGUACGCGUAAAAUACCCAUCAAAUGUUCUUGCAGAUUGCAGCUUUAGCUCCAGCUAAAGUUUCUUUCCAGUUAAUCGUAUUUAUUGUAAUCGGUGGCGUCUACACAAGAAGACUGAAUGCUGAAAUUGAAUCACGAGGUUCUUCAUCAAAGUAUCAGUUAAAGGGCUUCAACCGGGUUCCUGAACCUUUUUUAUUUUUCACGUUUCCCAAAUAGAUCUGUUUUUGAUUUUUCAGUUGAAGUGAAGUGUUAAAAUUAUUUAUCGUGGUCUUAAAACCAGCAUUUUCACAGGGUUUCAUAGACUUCUGAGAGCCGGUGUAUGUUCCCUAAAAAUUCAGGUUCUUUGUGGAGAACUGGAGCCAUCGUGAUAAAAACCAAGUUAAACAUUGUACACAACAGCUACGUUCUCUGUCAGUUUAUUGUAAUAACUGUGGUGUUCUUCUUCAGGUGACAUCCUCUCCCUUCUUCCUGCGCUGUUGUCUGUUUUCCAGGUGAACUCUUAAAAUCCUCCUUUCUGGCUUGAACUCUCUGAACAUUCCUGCUCCCGGCCGUUUUCUGCAGCAGCGUUCACUUUCCUCUCUCUCUCUCUCUCUUUGUAUCAGUGGAAAGUGUUGAGACCUUACCUCUAUCUGUCCAAACAAUUGUGCAGUGAUGUAGAUGACAACGCACCACUCGUGUCGCUUGUCUCUGGUUUUGCUCGUCUUGUGUUUUGUUGGGAGUCCUAGUGUCUGGUUUCUGAAGUUGUUGCACCACCGGGACUCCUCACCUCCAGCUCAUUCCUAAUGCAGGUCUUCAAAGCUACUCUCACGAUAGCGUCAGUAGUUGAGUAUUAUAAGUGCUGCCUUAUUGGGACUGGGCGACAGACUUUAAGCGAAGGUUUUGUUUUCACUCGUCACUUUGGUUUCUCUGGGUUUUGAUGUGUUUUAUGGAGAUUUUAAGAGAAGAGACCAAGGUUCCACUUUCUCCCUUGUAAAAAUUAAUAUAAAUAGAUAUAUAGAUAUAUAGACAAAUAUAUAAUAUACAUUUUACUCAUUUUUGUCCAGUUUUGUAUAUAACACUCAUGUAAAGUUUGUUUUUAAAGAGGCAUCAGAGCAGCUAUUACAAGACAAUAUGAGUGACAGUGUUCACCUGGGAGAAUUUUAUGCAUGUUAUGUUUUCUUUUUCUCUGACUCUUUUAAAACCUCCUCAGACCCUCCCUCUCUCUCUCGUUCAGGUGUAUAACGUAAAUAUAAAGAGAUCUACCUUUUCUUUGGGAAUGUCGUAGACAAUCAGUCUCAGGCCGGGUCCAGUCCCAGCGGGGAGUGAGAGCCCUGGAGGCUAUAAGACAAACUAAACUCUCUCUUGUUUUUCUUUUUGCUUGUUUUUCGUCUACUGGAAGUCCAAACUCGGAGGUUUGUUCAUUCAUAUGUCCGUGGCUGCUCUCAAGUUUACACACACACACAUUUCUCUACUACACUCAAAACACAAACACCUCGUGCAUUUGGUCCCUCUGCUUUUUAUUUCCAAGGUGCAGAUGCCGACCUUAUGGAAAUGAUGCUUUGACUAACAAAUCUAUAACAUCUAUGAAUGUGGGAAUGCAACACAUUGCAAUAAAAGCACCAUCUGAAAUGCA